CAACUCGUACUUUCGGCAAGUCGUACUCAACCAACUCGUACCCUAUUUUUACCAACUCGUAACCUUGUUUUAUUUGAUAUUAUUUAUCAAGUUUAUUUGCAUAUUUAUUGUAACUUUCUUUCGUAUAUCAUUAUUUAGCAAAAUACAAAUAAAAAAACAACCUUCGUUGUUAAUAAAAUUCAAUCAUAAUUGUUUUAAAUAAGCUUAUAAAAUGCUAAUCGUUAUAAUCAUUAGUAUUCCUUAGAAAUUAUUGUUUGAAAUUGUUUGGACGGCAAUUUAUUUGAUAUGCACAUUACAAUAAUUAUUAGUACACAAUAUGCUAAUCAGUGGUCAUUAGUGGAUAACAUACCUACAAAAAUAGAAUGGAUUUGUUAAAAGUAGAAUAAACAGAGAGAAGUAAAUGAAAACAAGAAAUCGGUAUAAUUGCGGCACUAUGAACAUCAAAGGCCAUUGAGUUAUACUUAAACAAUCACCAUCCUCACCGAAAAGAAAAUGCAUGGCUUAAACGUUGUAAAAACCAAGCUUAGAGAAAAAAUAUAUAAACUAUCGUGAAAUGUAUGAUCAUCUUCAAUUGCAAUCAUGGUUCGUCCACGUUGUAAUGUAUGCAAGAAGACUGUUACGAUUCGACAAGAUGCUCUUCAAUGUGACACAUGUGACAACUGGCAGCAUCGUCUAUGUGAAACUGGCAUUUCUAAAGAGUUGUAUAAUCAGCUAGUACAACAGGAAGAAGAGAUAGACUUCUAUUGCAAAGAAUGUGGUUUGCCAGCAGAAGAAUCCAGCAUCCCUCAGCUACCAGACUUUGAAAGUACACGCUAUUCUACUGACGGUGUCCAUGAGGCCAGUUUUUCUCUAGAACAGUCUACUGUUAGCACCCAUGAGGAAAGUCAUUCUCCAAACCAGUCAACUUUGGAUGUCUACCUACCCGACAGAUCCGAGGUAUAUGACCAGUCAACUAUCGUCCAACUCAACAACUCAUCGUUCACCGUAUCCGACGAAGAAGACACAACUAUUCAUCUCAACAACCUUGACCAGUCGUUCGACAUCACACAACGUACCUUUGCUGAACCAGAUAUUAUUACAGAAACGUAA